AUGUCAACCAUAUGUAGAACAUUUUUAGAGAGCAAUCAACGGAAAGUUUUUGGUAUAUUCGAAGUCAAGAAGAUCCAUGACCAUGGAGGAUCAUCUGAUCGACUUUUGGCACUUACAGAUGCAUAUGUUUGCUAUUUCAAGGAUAACAUCAAAGAUAAGACCUACACUUGGAUAGAAUUGACAUACAUAAGUCUUGAUGAUAAAAUUAUUAUACUAGAAUUUGGAUCAGAAGAUAAUUUGAUGAGAUUCAUCCCAGACAAUCUAGAUCAGGUCAAAGAAAUAAUUGGUUGCAUUAUACAAAGAGUUUUAACAACAUACGAAUAUGAAGAUUUGGAAUUAUCGAACUUUACAAAAUACAAAUAUCGUCCUACUCCAAAUUCUCUUAUAGCACGUUUUAAUUGCAGCGCCAUACAAUCAGGAACUACCAAAGAAAUUAAGGAUUUCCCAAAUGUCGUUGAAUUUGCUAAAAAAUUGUUUAGUACUAAAAGAAAGGUUAUUAGCUUGACUCCAGACCAAAUUAAUUGUCUUGCAGUACCUAUGAUGCGAACUGUUCAGGCUGCAGAUUACAUAGAAAGCUUAGAAUUUCCAGAACCACUAUCUAUCGACAUUUUUGACAUAUUAUCCAAAUACGUUUCGGAUGAUUUUCCUCCUCUCCACAUACAGAUCACAGGCGAAGCAACAGAAAGCUUCCAAACCUUCAUUGAUGAACUAAAUGAAACAAAUGCUUUGAUUGGACUUUCAUUUAAGAAUUCUAACUUCACAAAAGCGCAAUUACAGAUACUAGAAAACAUAAGGAACUCUUCUUUGACUUGUUUAUCAUUGCAAAACAGUUAUUCGAAUGAAAUUAUUGGACAAGAGUACAGAACAUCAGCUCUUUUCAGAAAUUUGAAGAUGCUUAACUUGGAUUAUACCCAAAAUGUUGAUUUUCAGGACCUUUACGACAAUUGUCCGCAUUUGAUUUCAUUGAGCGUCGCUUAUUGUAAUUUAGAGCUAAAUGAUAUAUUACAUGUCAUCUUUGGCAAGCAUAAAUACAAAAUGAAAAUGUUAAAUAUCAGUGGAAACCUUUGUUCCCAACUUAACGUUCAAAAUUUGUUUAUGCCUCAAUCUCUCAUCAGAUUCGAUGUUGCUGAUGUCAAGUGGAGUGAUAAUGCGUUCCAGCAGAUGUUUGAGUUGAUUUUUACUUCGAAUUUCCCUUAUGGAAUUUAUAUCAACUUUUCUAACGCUCAAAUGACAGAGAAUGAUACAAAAAUGCUCAAUUUAACACUAAAGAGUAUGCCUACGAAGUGCGUUUGUGGUUUAGAUUGGUCAAAUAACCCUAUUCCCAAAAACUUCAACAAUUUCAUCGCAAGAUGCGAGAACUUGCGUGAACUUAAUGUUUCUGGAUGUUAUUCAGCUGAAAACAAGGAUAGUUUGGUUGAAUUAGGAAAUUCUUUGGCAAAAUUACAAAAAUUCCAGAGUAUUACAUUAAUAGGAACACCAGAAAAGCACAUUGCUGAACAUGCAGUUGAGUUCAUCAACAAUUUAUCAGGAGCUUUCCAAUUAAACACAAUAAAUCUUGCAAACCAGCAAAUAAACCAACAAGCAAUCAACAUCCUUUUGGAUUUGACAUAUCUGAACAAGAACAUCUUUCAACUGAGCUUCAAAGGUAACUCUGCUUCGAUUGAAGGAAUUUAUAAUUCUCUGAAACGGUUUGAAGACACGAAAAGGACAAUAUUGAUCGAUGAUUUCACAGAUGAGAUCAAUAAUGCCGCGACAACACCUCAUUCCAAAGCUAUUGCCAAAUGUUUGAUAAAUUUGAUCGCAUUCCUCCAAAAAGGAGGCGUAAUUGAGGAUAAACCAGAUGGCAUUGAGAUACCAUUUGAUGAUAUCCCAUUCGGAUGGACAAUGCCUGAUUCUUCUCGUUUUCCAAUGUAUAUCAACCAGGAAAUCGAACAUUUAGUGACCAAACCAUUGAUUCCAGGCAUGACAGUGUUUACCAGGCCCAGGAAAUUCUCUCUGAUCAAGGAUAUCUCUCCUUCCGACGACAAAGUUCAUAUUGUCUACAGAAAGAGGAUUUCUGACAAUGAAUCGGAUAGUGAUAUGCCUAGGAGGAAGACUAAUUAUGAUUCCGAUGACGGAAUUAAGAAAAACAAAAUCGGAAGAAAAUUAUUUAUUUCAUCAGAGUCAGAAGAUGAAAGCAACAGCGAACUUCAGCACAAAACAUCAUCAGGAAGCAGGAGUACAGAAGAAAACAGCGAACCAGUGAAGAAAGGCGCGAUUAAAUUCAAAGUUGAGGAAAAUGAGGAGAAUAAAGAGCCAGGAAAAGGAAUUGCUGCAUCAGGAAGUCUUCCCAACAAGAUAUCCGUCAAUGCUGCAGCUACUCCUAAGAAAGUAAAGAAGAGGAAGAGGUCUUCAACAGUAAAUUCAAAAAUUUUGGAGCAGAGACACGAUUCUAACUCAGACAGCAUCGAAUCUGCCGAACAACCACCAUCUAAAAGACACAAACUGCCGCACACACUCGAUGGAGAACCAGCUCAUCCGAAGAGAAGAAGGAAAAGCGCAAUUCCUAAAGACAAAAUCGAAGAAAUCGACCAAAAAAUCAAGAAACCGAUGAGGAAAUCUCUGGAUGCUUCUGCUCUUGAGAAGAAGAAGACAAGGAAGUCAGUGCAAUUCAACGAAAAUUCGCCUGAAUCAGACUUUCUGAAUGCAGUGAAAAACGAAAUUCUGAUAACAAAGAGAGCUUCGUGGGAAUUCCCUCUGAAGCCAGUGGAAGAAAUAGCUGAGAGUGAUGUGAUCAAACAGAUGAAAGAGAAGUAUUCUCUUACAUCUUUGACAAGAACAGUUUUCUUUGAAGACUAA